GUAAUAGUUUAUUGUGGCCGAGAGAUAUUCGUAGUUCAUAAAUGAACAGAAUUUUUAAAUUAUAUUAGUUCUUGAUAAAUUUAUUGUUUUGAAAUUGUGUUAAUAAUAGAAUAAUUUAAAAUUAGGUUUGUCCGCGAUAAUUUAUAAUUAAAAUAUGAAUAUAUCGUUUUCUGGAUGUGGAUUUUUAGGCAUAUAUCAUAUAGGGGUGGCAUCGUGUUUAAAAACUUACGCACCAUACCUUUUAGAAAACAAAAUUUGUGGCUCGUCAGCAGGUGCCAUUUCUGCAUGCUGUCUACUUUGUGACAUACCUCUGGAAUUGAUGACUAGUCAAAUGUUAGAUAUCGUAAGAGAAUCGAGAUCAAAAGCAUUAGGUCCAUUUAGUCCAUCUAUGAAUAUCACAGAACAUUUAUACAAUCGUCUAAAUAAGGACUUACCUGAUGAUGCGCACAAGCGAGUAAGUGGUAAAUUAUUUGUGUCACUAACAAGAGUUCCAGAUGGCAAAAAUGUCAUCAUGUCUCAAUUUUCUAGCAAGGAAGAAGUGAUACAGGUAUUAUUAGCUAGUGCUUUUAUUCCAGUAUUUUCUGGAUUUGUGCCACCUUUGAUUGGCAAAUACAGGUAUAUUGAUGGUGGAUUUACUGACAAUUUACCUAUAGUUGAUAAGAAUACUAUAACUAUUUCACCAUUUAGUGGUCUUACUGAUAUUUGUCCUCGUGACAACCCUAUUAAAAAGUAUUUAUUAAAGAUAUCAAAUAAUAGUUUUGAAAUGACUAAAACAAAUUGUUUCCGUGUAGCUAGAAUAAUGUUUCCACCAGAACCAGAGAUGCUUGCUAAAUUGUGUUAUCAAGGUUUUGAUGAUGCUCUAAUGUUUUUACAAAAAAAUAAUCUAAUUAAUUGUAAAAUGUGUUUAAUUCGGCGAUAUGCUUUUAUAUUAUCCAAGAAUAAUAUUUAUGACAUGGCUGGCUACAACCCCUCAUGUAUUGAUUGCAAAUGGAAUAAUGCUUUUGCCAAAGUACAAGGAAUGCCAUAUUUCAUCACAUAUACUUUAGACAGAUACAUUGACUCACAUAAUAGCAUUUUCAACGGACUCUUAAAAUCUAAAGGAAUGCUAUUAGUAAAAUUAUUCACCCAACCAUACAUAGCUAUGGCAGAUUUAGCUUGUGAAUUUGUACUCAAGGUUAUUCGUUCUUCUAGACAUUUUCAAAAACCUAUGUGGACAUUAUCUAAGUAUGCUAUAAAUAGUUUAUUGCAUUUUAUUGAUAUUUUCAGUGAGAGAGGUUUAGAAUUUAUUGACAAAAUAUUAUCCUACAGUUGUAUGCCAAUCGAAAUUCAUGGAAAAGAUUCACCUUAUUAUUAUUAUUACAACAAAAGGCAUGAACAUAAAAAGUGUAUAAAAUGUUCACAAAAUUGCAUAGAAUAUUUUAUUAAUUACAGUCUAACAGCUUCAUCUAUAACUAUAGAUUCUAAUGGUUAUACAUCAUCUCAACUAUCUAAACUUAACUUGCAUGGUCAUCAAAUUAAAUCUACGAGGACUGAAAAACAUUGUAAUACAGAAUGGAAACUUUCUUUAAUCUCGGAAACAUCAACUGAAAUUGCCGCUGAUGAAACUUUAAAUAGCAUGAGUAACUUGUCAUACAAUUUUAUUGACAUAUAUACAGAUAGUUUGGAUCCCUAGUACCUACCUAUUGCAACUAUAACUUAUAUAUAGAUAGAAUUUUCUAAACACUUGUGAAUUUUGAAUACCAAAUAUUAACUACACGUACCUAUUGGAUAUUAUUGGAGAUCCUUCAUUUUAUUGGUCAGUUAAAUUCAUUGCAAUAAAAAUAUUUUUUUCUGCAUUCUUGAAAAAUAUUAUAUUAUUUAAAUUAGUCACAAAUAACUUUUAAAGACAUAUGUUUUUUUAGUUUUUACAUUUUUAUACCUAUAUCUUUUAUUUAUCUUAGUUUGUAUUUUAUUUUGAAUAUCAACGAACUAAUUUGUUUUUUUUUUGUUUUCAUCAAUAAUUUUAAGAUUAUUUUGUGUCAUACUUCUGUUUUAUUGUUUAAAAACAUGUAUGUUUGCUUAAAAUAUUCUAAUUAUAUUCUUAUUAACUAACCAUUAUUAGUAAAACACUGAAUUAUAAAAUUUAGUUAUGUAUUGAAAUUAAAUUAUUUAUACUAGUUAAGACUUUCAACAUAUUUGAUUAAAACAAUUACCUAAUAUUGUAACUACUAAACCAGUGGCAAAUUUAAGGGAGAUGGGGUUGAUGUGGUGGUUUGCUUA